GUCAUUUUAUUUCAGAAGUUGAACAUUAGUGAAUGACAAAAAAAUUGUAUCAGUUGUCCAUGGCAACAGAGGUCAACAAGUAAGUUUUCGUAUUACCUGCAAAUAGAACUGUCAUUUUUUGAUCGGUUGAACUGAGUUUUGGCGCAACCACUAAUAAUUUGCAGCAAAUUAAUAUUACUUGAGUGAUAGAGGGUAAAUCGCAUCCAACAUUCAUGGAAGAGCGAAUGUUAGAUUCGACUUCCGAAGACCAAUGUAAUUGGAACGUACUAUCUGAGGCUGUAGAGAAAAUAAAAAUAGGAGUAAGUUAAUAAAUAAAAUGCUCAUAAUUUUUCCCCGAAGCAAAAAUUAAACAUGAGAAAAACUUCAGACAUCUUUCAAAAGAUGAUCGCUUAAACCUAACAUAAAAAACGACUUGAAUAGCCGCAGUAUAAUGCUGAAAAAAGUAUGCUUAUACUUACCACGCUGGUUGGAAGACUCAGUUUUACAUGAUGGAUUCUCUAGAAAAUUUUGACGGACUGCCUACUUUGACCGAUUAGUCUGGGAAUAAAUUUAGGAUGAAGCAAAAUAUUAAUAUAGGUAUAUUGAGAGUUUUUCUUUUUUUACUUAAUAUUAUUUGUUUGAACUUUAAUCCCUAUUUAUUUUGAUGUGUAGAAGUAUGUGUGACAUAUCUUUCAGUAUAAAUUAUUUCCUUCAUUAAAUUUUUUCAGCUCAGCCUACACAGCCUACUAGCAAAAAAUGUAGAAUUGUUAAAACAGUAUCUGUCACCAGUAGAUCAUGAGUAUUUGCAGAAUGGAUGGAGAAACUACUUUGAAAUGGAAAAAAUUAAAACUCAUAGAGAUCGAAAUGAUGCUUUAAUUAGAACAAAAAAAAUUUCAGGCACUUGUUCAACCUAUCUCCUGGAAAGCAAAGCAGAAAUCUCAAAACUUUGUUAUAAAACUUUCUCAAUCCUCCAAACCCAUGAUAUGAAGGCCUACAUUGAGGAAAAUCUUCAAGAAAUGACAUCAGAACCAGGAAGAGAGUUCUUGAGAAUUUUCCAGAAGUUAAGGGGACUUCCUACUCAAAAAACCGAGAGCGGGUCUAAAUUCAAAUCGAAUCGCAGGCAGGAUGAUCAGGAACAACUGGACCUUGCCAGAAAAGCUGAGGAAGAGCUCGCUGAAGUCCAUGUAAAAUACGAGGAUCAGAAAACUCAGUGCGAACAGGCACUGGAAGAGAAGCGAAAGCUUAUUGCCGAUUACAGGGUAAAAUUAGAAGCUAUUAGACAGAGUGUAUCCAGGAACAUCGGAAAAAUAAUAGAAGUAUCUGAAGAGAAAAUUGCAUUUGGUAUUCGAUCCAGCAGACAAAGACAGGAAAACAUGUUGAAAACUUUGGCCGCCACAGAAGAGAAGCUGAAAGGUCUUCAAGAGUUCAACAAGGAAAGGGAAGAGGCAUUACACGCGAUAAGAAAAAAUUCUGAGACGGAACUGAAAUCUCUCAUAGACAAGUAUGAUGAAGAUAUGAACAGGAAACAAUGCGAAUUAGAGAACCUGAUGGCACAAUUUGAAAAGGAAAAACUUAUGUACAUUGAGCUGAAGAAAAACUUUGAGUCACAAAAUGAGACAUACGUCAAGUUGAUGGCAGAAAAAAGAGACUAUGAGCAGAUGCUCUGGGAUCAGAGAUUACUGGAAGUUAGACAAAAAUUUGCGGCUCGGAAAAUACAGCGAUGUGUACGCAAUUACCUGGCUAAACUCAAAACUAGAGGGAAAAAAUAUGGGAACAGAAAGAAGGGUAAAAAAGGAGCUAAAAAAUAAAGAGGAUAUGUUCAAAAUUUGGAGUUCGAUAAACUUUUGUGAUAUUCAAUUUAUUUUCCACGGAAGAUUUAUUCUUUUCAGCCAAAAAAGUAGAAUAAAGUUUUUCAGAGAAA